GGCCCGAGCCAUGGGCUGCAUCGGCUCCCGGACCGUGGAAACCUGCUAGAUGCUUCUGCCACACACUCCCACUUAGAAGCCUUGAGGUCCCUCAGGACAGCGUGGACAUCUUUCCAGCCACUGACCCGUCCAUUUAAACCACCACAACAAAUAAGGCGUAGAACACUUUUCCCCGCGUGCUAUUCUUGCUUGAGCACAAAUGGAAUCUUUUGGUGCAGCGUGAUUGUUCUUCUUACCAGCAGCUGGGGGAGAGAUGGGGUGCAAAAGGACAGGGGGGCUGUCAGGAGGAGGAGAGGUAGCUUGAGCAAAGGGAAGAGUUGCAUCUGGCAGGGCUGACCCCCUCCUGUGAGUGGGGUGAAGGGAGCUGAAGGUGGAGCAACUAACCUCUGGCCACUUCAGGGAACGAGGUGAUGGCCGUGGACUGGAAGGGCCUGAAGGAUGUUGACCAAAUCAACAUGGACAGCACCAGCUCGCUGCACGGCAGCAGCCUCCACCGGCCGUCCACGGAGCAAACCCGAACGGAUUUCUCCUGGGAUGGCAUCAAUCUCUCCAUGGAGGACACCACUUCCAUUCUCCCGAAGCUUAAGCGGAACUCCAACGCCUACGGCAUCGGAGCCCUGGCCAAGUCAUCAUUCUCAGGGAUUUCGAGGAGCAUGAAGGACCACGUGACGAAGCCUACUGCCAUGGGGCAAGGCCGGGUGGCACACAUGAUCGAGUGGCAGGGCUGGGGGAAGGCCCCUGCCAUUCAGCCGCAGCACAGCCACGAAGCUGUGCGCAGGGACACGGAUGCCUACUCGGACCUCAGCGACGGCGAGAAGGAGGCGCGCUUCCUGGCAGGAGUCAUGGAGCAGUUUGCCAUCUCCGAGGCCACGCUCAUGGCCUGGUCUUCCAUGGAUGGCGAGGACAUGAGUGUCAACUCCACCCAGGAGCCGCUGGGCUGCAACUACAGCGACAACUACCAGGAGCUGAUGGAGAGUCAGGAUGCCCUGGCUCAAGGACCCAUGGACGGAUGGCCUCACUCCUACGUGUCCCAGGGCAUGUACUGUCUGGGGUCCUCGGACGCCUGGGAAGCGAGCGACCAGUCCCUCAUUGCCUCUCCCGCCACAGGAUCCUAUCUUGGCCCUGCAUUUGAUGACUCGCAGCCGAGCUUGCACGAGAUGGGACCUUCCCACCCUGCCUCGGGAUACUCUACUCAGGAGCCUCCGCCUUUGCUGGGGGGAGACACUGACUGGGCUCCGGGGGUGGGCGAGGUGGACCUGGCCAGGGGCGCUUCCGAGGAGGAGAAGAGGCCCUUGGCCCCCGAGGAAGAGGAGGACGCAGGAUGCAGGGACCUGGAGUCCCUCUCGCCGCGAGAAGACCCCGAGAUGUCCACUGCUCUCAGCCGGAAGGUGUCUGACGUCACAUCCUCAGGUGUGCAGUCCUUUGACGAGGAGGAGGGUGAGGCCAACAACUAGCUUCCUCCGCGCACGCCCUGCCUUCCACUCCCCGCGGAGGGGAUGGCUGCAGCAGCACCCGCCCGCCCCAGCAGCACAGCCGAGACUGGGCUGCCAGUCCUCGCCAGGAAGCCGGGCCAGGACGGACGUCCCCCAGGCUCCCGCCCAAGGAGCCACGGGUCCGGAACUGAGAGCCGGGCCCCUGGGUGGCUGUGGACGUGGCUUGGCUGCGGGCUCCGGGGCCUGCGAGGACGGAGCUCCGCAUGUGUCCUGAGAUGCAGGUGGCCGUCGACUGGAUCUCAGUUCCUCUCUCCCUGAUUUUGUCUUCCAGGAGCCUUGCCUGUGGCUGUCCGAAUGCCUCCUUCCUCCAUGUCACUCUUGCUUUUCCCGGCUCUGUUUUCUCUGCCGGUGGCCCCCACUCAUCUCCAGCGAGGAACAGACCUCAGGGCCUGUUGGACCUGGCCUGACGGCUCAGGGGAGGCCACGUCUCCCUCGGGGGUGUUGAGGCUGCCCUCUGAGGGUCACUUGGCUUCUGCGUUCUGAGCCACGGCGUGUGGCCGCGAGGCGGGGGCGCAAAGGUGAUGCUGUCCUCGGAGGCCUGUCCAGAGGCUGGAAAGGCACUGCUCAGGCCAAGGCCAAACAUGGCCGCUUGUUGCGGGAUCUCCAGCCUCCAGGGCUGAAUGGAGGAUGCUGAGUCUGCGGGGAAGGACCCGGCUGGGGCUGGCUCCUCCAGUUCCGUUUCUUUUUUCUGCCUUCUUCCUCCCCCUGCUGCGGAGCCCCAGGCCCCCGAGGGGUGACAUGGAAGGCGUGUGUUCCGGCCAAAGGGGAUCAUGAGUGUUGUGUCUCCCUCCAUACCUUGCCCCCCAAUUCUCUGGAGCUGUUUACACUUUUCUCUUUGCCUUUUCUACAUUUUUAUAACUUCUUGGGGACUCAGGGUUGAGCGGGGUGGAGGGAGGAGUCGGUGCUGCCAGGCCUGGCCCGGGUGGGUCGUGUGCUGAGGGGCAACGCGGGCAUCGGCGCUUACGCCCCUCCUUUAGCUUCUCCUGGGAGACCCCCCCGCCCCAGGCUCCUGCAGGGGAGCGACGGGGAUGAGCAUGCUUCCUUCCAGAACGAGGGACAGUGAGGCAUAAGCUCCUGACACUGCUGGUCCCCCACACCCUGUGUCCAUUCUGGCGGGGACUUCUCUGCAGUAUGUGAAAGUGCAACAGUUCCCUAAGAGAUCCUGACGGCAGGCAGGGGAUUGGGGGUGAGCAGGCCAGCACGCUGCUGCAGGGGUACCCCCUCGCUAGCCCUGGGCAUGGGGAGAAUCGGGGGAAACUGGAGCCAAAGGGUUCAUUGGCCCCGCCUUCCCUCAUUUCUUGUGCAUGCCCGAGGCUCCAGGCCCCAGGUCUCUGUCCUACCCACACUUUGUCAGGGGUCAUUGCUUCGUCCUUUGCUGGAAGGGAGCACUCUCGCCCUCUUCCAGACCCUGGGCGCAAACUCACCCCCUCUUCUAGGCCCCAGACUGCUGCUGCUUUGGAACAAAGAGGUUGAGAGUUGGGGGUGGUCGUCUCCAUCUGUGACCCUGCUCCCCACCUCGAGGUCACACUGACAUGCACUGUGCAUGACACUGAACACAACCGAGGCAGGGCCCCAGGUCUUCCUGAGGAGGGACAAUGGCUGCCAAGGGGUCGGUUCUUGGGGGUGACGUGGAGCAGACGCAGUGAGGCGGGUGGAGAGUCACUUCCCUGCUCUGAAGCCGUCUCUGUGAAUCUGGCGCUGUGAUCGAGCCCGUGGCCCAACUCUGGAGGCCCCAGACUUCCAGGAGCCCCCGGGAGCCAGCUGGCACCCCCUCCUUCCAGCUGCUGACCCUGGCCCUGGACAGCUGCCUCGGCCCCUGGAGUUUCGCCCUCCUCCCCUGGGGUCCCUGCGCCCUUGCCUUGCCCACCUGUUCUCCCCACAUAGCCUCAUUUCGUCUUAGUCUUAACACCCUUCGUGCCCCAUCUUCCAGCCCACGAGUGGGUUCGCUCAUUAUAGUUCCUUUUGCUCAGGGCCCUGGAGUUAAGGAAGCAGCUCUCCUCUCUCCCUCCUUUUUCCUCUCCCUGCCUUCCCCAGGAAGCCACGGGGUCCUGCAGAAAGGCAAGAAAGCGGAAGGCAUGUGGUAGAGGUCACUGGCCAGCGCAGGCUGCCAUCCCCAGGGUGCCAGCCUCCACAGAACAGAGGCCAGGUGGGGUCUGCAUUAUGCAAGGAACCCCCCCUUCCACAGGAGAGGGAGCUGGCUUGGGAGCCUUUUAGGGCUCUUCUGGAGGAACCGCCUCUCUGGUGCUGGGGGCAGGGCGCAUGGGGUUCGCUU